CUUCAGCGCUUGACGUAAGGUACCUGUGGCAAACCUUCAAGCAAGAAUGGCCAGUGGAACCACAGUUCUCAUCCCCUCUAACGGAGCGAACAUAAUCCAAACGGCCCCUGGAUUGCCCACUGUUGCUCUUCAGGCAUCUGGAGCAAUUCCAUAUCCUCAGUAUGGAGCUCAGCAACUUGGGAUUUCCACCAGUGCUCCUCAGCAAGUCCCACAAGGGAAUCUUUUGGAGAGAUUCCUGAAGGCUGAGCCCAAAGUGCUUGGGGCCAUCCAGAUCAUGAUUGGGAUGAUCCACAUUGGCUUUGGGGCUGUCUCACUUUGUCUCUUUCCUUUUUACUAUCUUACCUUGUCUGGAAUUGGAGGUUACCCCUUUUGGGGAGGGAUAUUUUUCAUUUCUUCUGGGUCAGUAUGUAUAGCAGCUGCGAACCGUCCAAAACAUGCUUUGGUGAAAUCUAGCGUAGGACUGAACAUCACAAGUGCUGUAAUGGCAUUAACUGGUAUCAUCCUGUACCUAUGUGAACUGAUCUUCAGUAGUGGUUUUAGGAGAUAUCAAUAUGAAAGUUCACUUGUAAGUAAAACAAUUGAUGCUGCAGGGAGGCUACAGAGUGUCGGUUAUGGCCUAUCCAGUGUGCUGCUCCUGUUCAGCCUGCUGGAAUUUUGCGUCGCUGUUUCACUGGCUCACUUCGGGUGCCAGGCAACUUGCUGUCUUGAUGCCCAGGUAACUAUUUAA